UCUAGCUAUCCAGCUAAAUGUGUGACUGUCUGUUCGUCAUAUCUAAGUGGGGGACUAAAAUUAACCAAAGGCAUGAAUCAUGACUUGUGGCGUAUAUAACCAUACCAUACAACCUGUGAAACCGGAGAGCUUUCCAAAGAAAAUACGCGUUGAUGUGGGAGUGAAUGAACAGUUUAGUUUGCAAGAUACUCACAACUAGCUUGCUAUACCCUCGGCAGCCUAGGACAAUUUUGACUCGUUGGAAAGAGCCUCUUGUUCCAGACUAAGGCUGAAAAUGACCCUUCAAAAUGGAAUUGAGCUCCCUGCUAAGAACUGCUCACAGUCAGCUGGUAACGGGAACAAUCUGAGAUGGGAUCUCACUCCUGAUCAGAUCAAAUCCCAGACAGAGAAGCUGAUCCAGAGAGUGAAGCAGACCUAUGACAGCAUUGGGGCACUGGAACUGGAGAAGAUCUCUUAUGAAAACACAUUGAAAGCCCUGGCGGAUGCAAAACUAGAAUACACUGUAUGCAGGCACAUGCUGGACUUCCCUCAGUAUGUCUCCCCCUGCAAAGAAGUGCGCUCUGCAAGCACCGACGCCGACAAGAAGCUGUCCGAGUUUGACGUGGAGAUGAGCAUGAGGGCUGAUGUCUUUCACCGGGUCAUUGCCUUGCAGGAGAAGCAGCUGAAGGACUUGAAGCCCGAGGCCAAGCGGUUUUCGGAGAGAUACAUCAAGCUGGGGAAGAGAAACGGACUGCACUUGUCCAAAGACAUACAGGAGGAGAUCAAAUCUACUCGCAAGCUGAUAAGUGAACUUUCAAUCGACUUCAACAAGAAUCUGAACGAAGAAAACACUUUCCUCCUCUUCACUGAGGAUGAACUAGGUGGCCUGGCGGAGAGCUACAUACACAGUCUGGAGCGGCUGGAGGACGGCCGGUACAAAGUGACCCUGGAGUACCCCCAUUACUACCCCCUGAUGAAGAGGUGCCACGUCCUGGAGACCAGGAGGAAGAUGGAGGCAGCCUUCCAGAGCAGGUGUAAAGAGGUGAACACGGCCAUCCUGGAGCGCCUGAUCACGCUGCGGGCCAAGGUGGCCAAUCUGCUGGGCUUCCGCAGCCACGCCGACUACGUGCUGGAAAUGAACAUGGCCAAGAACGCGCGCAACGUGGCGCAAUUUCUCGAUAAGUUCUACGAGAAGCUGAAGCCAGUGGGCGAGCAGGAGAGGAAGUACGUCCUGCACCUGAAGAGGAAGGAGAGCAAGAGGCGGGGCUUCGAGUUUGACGGGCAGAUACACGCCUGGGACGUGCCCUACUACAUGAACCAGGUGGAGCAGGUGAAGUUUGCGGUGGACAAGGACAAGCUGAUCGAGUACUUUCCCCUGGAGGUGGUGACAGAGGGGCUGCUCAGCAUCUACCAGGACCUGCUGGGCCUCUCCUUCCAGAAGGUGGACCACGCCCACGUCUGGCACCCCGGCGUCAGCCUCUACUCCGCGCAGGACGCCGCGUCGGGGGAGGAGAUCGGCCAGUUCUACAUGGACCUGCAUCCCAGGGUGGGGAAGUACGGCCACGCGGCCUGCUUUGGGCUCCAGCCGUCCUGCCUGGGGCCCGAUGGGAAGCGCGUGCUGCCCGUGGCGGCCAUGGUGGCCAACUUCACCAAGCCCACGGCCAGCUGGCCCUCGCUCCUGCAGCACCACGAGGUGGAGACCUUCUUCCACGAGUUCGGCCACGUCAUGCACGAGAUCUGCUCCAGGACAAACUUUGUGGAGUUCAGCGGGACUCUGGUGGAGACGGACUUCGUGGAGGUGCCGUCCCAGAUGCUGGAGAACUGGGUUUGGGAGAAGGAGCCCCUGCGCAGGAUGUCCCGCCACUACAGGGACGGGAGCCCCAUCCCGGACGACCUGCUGGACAAGCUCAUCGCCUCCAGGGUGGCCAACACAGGCCUCAUGAACUUGCGUCAGGUUGUGCUCAGUAAAGUGGACCAGGCCCUCCACACCAAGUCCAGCGCCGACACGGCGGAGGAGUUCGCCAAACACUCCAGAGAAAUACUGGGAAUCCCGGCAACUCCAGGCACAAACAUGACUGCAAGCUUCAGCCACCUGGCUGGGGGAUACGAUGGGCAGUACUACAGCUACCUGUGGAGCGAGGUGUUCUCCAUGGACAUCUUCUUCAGUAGAUUCCGGAAGGAGGGAAUCAUGAACCCGAAGGUGGGACUGGAAUACAGGAAGGUAAUACUGGAGGUGGGGGGGUCGGUGGAUGGUGCAGACAUGCUGAAGAGCUUCCUAGGUCGUGAGCCAUGCCAGGAUGCCUUCUUCCAGUGCAAAGGGCUGGUCCAAUCAGAAAGCACUAUCAACUCCCACUGACCGGGACCACUCAAACACUUAAUAGAUAAUAUUACAUAUUUAUAAUAUUUAUAUUUAAUAUGUUUGUUGUAAAUGUAUUUGUUGGGUUGUUACCCUGGAAUCUUUUGCAAUGCAGAAAGUUCUGUCAGUUUUGUUCCAGUGCUGAAGAAAUGACUGUCCACAACGUGGGGUUAAACUCGCGUCUAAGGGUUCAUGAUGGUUUCCCAGUUCUUACAGAAUUUGUCUCAUGAAUGUAAAUUCACCCAGAUUGAUGUUAAGAUUGGUAAUGUUCUCGCACUGAGAUUAUGGGAUACAAGAGACUUUCUUGUAGGAGUCAGGGUGUGGAUUUCCUCCACAAAUGAAACCUUUGACUCCACCUGGCCUGGAAGCUACAAUGACAUCCUCCUCAUCAUUUAAUGAUAGAGCUGAAAUGACUCUUCCUGGCUUUUAGGAAUUGCUUUACAGUUUUGUUUUACAGUUGUUUUCAGGUCCUGCAAGCUGUGGCCUCUUUAAGUUCAAAACAUCCUCUGUCCAAAAUCAUUGUUGGGCUUGUCCUCUUUGAGGACGCUAAAUAUAGUUCUCUUAAACCACGGUAAAGUUUUUGGUUGGACAUCCAAAGGACAUGCUAAGUGGAUGUCCUUAACAAUGAGGAUUGAUAAAUUAUUGGUCUCUCCAUGCAGUUAUUUCCCUUGGUUUAAUAUUUACAUUCUUUUCACCAAAAGAUGAUGGUCAGUGUUUAGCCAUCAUGAGAUAUCCGUGUAUGACAGUCUGCUGUUGAUGCUGUUUUAACACCCGUAUAGAAACUGAAAAAGAUUGCUGAAUGUUUUUAUAUUAAAUUUCAAUGCCUUCAUUACAUUUGUACCUUCAGUUGGGCAAGUGAGAAUGUAAUAUCGGAGAAUCAAGUUCCUAACAUGUGUAGUAUUAAAUUAUCUAAAUCAAACACUGUGUUGCCUAAAAUCAACAGUGAAGAAUUCCAGUGUCAUGGGCGUUGUUUAUCUUAAAGUCCUGGCUUAAGGAAACCAGCCAUGGACAAAAUAUGUUGUUAUAUUUUUGUGAGAUGGGGGAUUGUCAUUUAUAAAAUAUAACAAAAUAUAAUAAUAUAGAUAUUUAUAUAACAAAAUAUAAAAUGGGAAUUUAUUAUUGGCAAGCUGGUAUCUGAGGAUAUUUACAGUAUUUAUCCUAUGACCUGUAACUGCCAAAGGACAUUUUUACAUGAAGUGAACCAAUUUCCUUGUGUGGAAUUAUGAAGAAAAUUGAAAUAAUGGACUUUUGAAUUGUUGCACAUAAGAUUAAUGAGUGAGUUGUGAAUACUGAUACAGGAUUUCUGUCAUGAUUGCCUUGCUGUCAUUCUGCAAUUUAUGCACUAGGUGGAGCCAUUUGUCUAUUGUUGAAUAAAGCCAUUCUGUUAAUA